UAGAAGAAACAGUGAAAUUGAUACCAGCACAUASAUAUAUCUGUUACAGAAGAUUUCGUAAGUGUAUAUCAAUGUCACACUAGCUAUAAAUCGCUCAAGAUAGCAAGACUACGAAAAAGAUGAAACAAAAGUUGACCUGCCUUGUGGCGGAAUAUUACUAAGCUGAGUGCUAAUCUGAUCUGUGCUCUAACGGAUAUAAAUAACUGUUGUCAAGCAAAUUCUACAGAGUGUUAAAGAUAUAUAUCCUUCAGCUYUGGUUAAAGAAAGUCGGUUGCAUUGCCAUUUAAUUCAAGGGCAAUUCAAGCAAGCAUUUACAUUUUCGUCAUUUCUUGUAUUACUAUCGGAARGAUCUUCGCAAACCUACAGAAACCCAAGAGCCGCCAUAUAGUUCACAAUGAAUGCUACUGAGGGUAAUUUUACAUGCCCAACGCCGUUUGUUUGGUAUUUCUUUCCAUACAACGUCAGCAUGUUUGUGCUUUACAUACUGGUGAUAUUUGGUGCCUUCAUUGCCAACAUUCUCGUCUUCAUUGCCGUGGGUAUCAAUCCAAGGCUACGACAAAACGUUGCGUCUUAUUUCAUCGUCUCUUUGGCGAUUUCUGACAUCGCGGCGGCGUGCGUUUCAAUGCCAUUUGAUUUGCAGUCUUUUACAACAUUUGGACUUUGGUAUUAUGGUGAGAUGUUGUGCAUCGUCUGGACUACUUCAUAUCUUAUAACUGUGCCCACAUCAAUGUGGAAUCUUCUUGUACUGAGYAUUGAUCGUUAUAGGACUUUAAGUAAUCCAUGGGAUAGAUUCAAGCAAACACCAUUUAUGACUAAGAAACGAGCGAUAUUUGUCCUGGGAGCACUUUGGAUGUGUAGUAUUACAUAUGCAUUAAUACCACAAAUGGGUUGGAAGCACAAUGAAUCUAGCUUGUUCACUCCCACAGAAUGCUCGGGUACUUGGUGUAUAUUCAAUGUUAAUCAAACAUACUCUAUUCUGAGCUCGGUUCUUAAUUUUUAUUUACCRAUGUUUGCUAUGUGUUUCAUAUAUUUCAAAAUCUACCAAAUUGCAAGGACGCAGUAUCUCAGGCCUUCYCCAUCUCCUCAACUCGAAUUAAAGCGGUCUGCUGGAAACUCGCCGGUCCAAAAMCCAAAACAACUGAAAAACRCAUCUGAAAAGUGUGCCAGCGAAGAAAAUAAAGUGGACAAUAUCGAAAAAGGAUCURGUCUUAUAAAAAAUGUCCUUGAAAUGAAGGAAGGUCGAGGAAACCUUAGGGAAAUUGAGGAGUUAAGAGGGGGGCAUGUUGCGGCAAAUGAUAGUACGUCAGACAGCCGUUCGUGUCACGGAACCAAGAACGAUGAAAGAUAUGAUGAUAAAGUAGAAUCAACCACAAAAACCUGCAACGACGAAAACCAUUAUGGAUCCGAAUUCACUUCAAAAAUAAGCGCAAACGGUGAGAUCGAUAAAGAAACGGAAGAAAUUAAAAGAAAACACAAGACUAGUCUUGAUGGCCAAGAAGUGAAGAAAGAUUUAUCACAAAACGAUAACGCGAUUAGCGACGUUGAGAACACAAGUCGCCGAGAAGAAAAUAUCAAUGAUAACGGCAAUGGGAGGAUUCUUGACAAAGAACGGAGAAAUUCAGUUAUUUUUAAUGACACUAAAGCGCUYCCUAAAGAUUUAAUAGAAAAUGAUGAUGUUASUGACCCUACCCAGGAAAUCCGAAACARCACCAACAAAACAGAUGUCCCACAAAAUGCCUCAACUAUGAYUUCACAAGAGGAMGASAGUCAUAACAUUGACAUUGAAAKCAGUAAUGACAACCUUGUAMGCAAUAAUAGCAACGARGCAAGYGAGAAGGACGAUGACAAUGAAUCAACCGCAAGCCAAAACGAUGAUGCUUCAUCAUCGCCACAAAACGAAAUAAAUAACAGGCAGACUGGUUCCCCGCAGCACGGCGGCUUAAUGAAACCAACACCGCUAGAAAUACAACACAUUCUACUCAAGAAACUAUGUCAGGACGACCGSAUCAAAUCUGCCAGCCAGGACUCUAUGGAGAGCACCUGCACACUUCAAUCAACAAUAACCUACUGUGUAAACAGAGUCCACAUGUCAGGAUCAGGGGACACCAUCAGCACCAUUGCUACAGGUACUGUGGACAUACUCACCAAGAGAAAAAAGAUUUUCGUCAAGAACAAAAAGGCUGCGCGUACAGUCUCGAUUAUUGUGGGGACUUUCCUACUSUGCUGGCUUCCUCAUACCACUUUUAGCAUUGUGAAAAACGUAUGUCAUCCAUGCGUUGCUGAUGAUCAAACGGGGCAAAUGUUGUUACAAUUUGAACAAGUGACUUURUUAUUGGGGUAUUUAAGUACAGUUAUAAACCCAAUUAUUUAUAGCUAUAGAAAUACACAGUUUAGGAAAUCAUAUCAAAUGAUGGUCAGAAAGUUAUUACCUUGCUUGAAAACUCUAGUUCCUCGAAAUGGUUGAUAUUCGUUAGAUAAAUCCUCAAAUUUUACUAUAGUACAAAAUGUUUAACAAUAUUGUUCAGGUAUCAAUUAUUGUCAGUAUAAAAGUUUCGCAAUCGUCGGAAACAAAUGACUAAAUAUCGAUGUAGGSUAGAGGGUGUAUAUAUAAAAGAAACAAUAAAAUGAUAUGGAGGCAAUGUCUAWUGCCAAAUGGGGACUCCUUUGUAAAAUAUCAAAAAUAUCCCAUCGUUUGGUUUAAUCAGAAGUACAUAUGUACUUCCUGGUUUAAUUUUUAUGUUCUAUAUGGAAAAUGUCAGUAUGAAGAUAAAAUGUUAGUCCUUUUUGACAAUACGAUCAACUUCAUAGGCUUUUUCAUUAUCCUYGUUGUAUUCUCGAAUAUUCGUAUAGAUUUGUCUAUCCCGAGCAUAUAGUAUAAAAUAGAUAAUCAGGUAAAAAAAUCACGAAGUGAAUAAAUGACUGUAAGGUGCGAUGUAUAAAUAAGUUUAACUCGGCAUUGUUGUCAUUUAAUCUCUUUCUUAAUAGUCGAAGAUACGACAAUAGUUUUUUAUACUUCACAUCUCACAAGAAAUCAUUUGAAAAUUCAGAGAGACUAUUCAUAUAAUUAUAUAUUUACUGGCGGGAAAUGUGCAGUCUUGACCGUCCUCGGUAAAUAACUCUUGCCAAUUCCUAGAAUCGACACUUCAAUUAUGCCGUUC